AUGGAGUCCAACCGACUUCGAGCCGUGUCCGACGACGCCAUUGACACGGCCAAUGCAGCCUUGAGAGAGGUCAACCUUGAUCUCCACGCGCACCCCGAGGUCCUUUUCCAAGAAUACCACGCCCACAAGGUUUUGACCGAAUUCCUCGAGAGCCGAGGGUUUGACGUCCAACGGCAAGCCUUUGGCUUAGAGACCGCGUUCAAGGCGACGUAUGGUUCCGAGCCUGGCAGGACUGUCGUUGUCAACUUGGAAUAUGACGCUUUGGAAGCUAUUGGCCACGCAUGUGGCCACAACCUGAUUGCUACGUCCGGACUUGCCGCCGUGCUUGGCAUCGCCGAGGCCAUGAAGCAAGGAGGGCUUGGUGGACGCGUAGUUGCUAUGGGGACUCCGGCCGAAGAAGGUGGCGGUGGAAAGAUCAAAAUGAUACGUGCCGGCGCAUAUGAUGAUGCGUUCUGCUGUCUCAUGGUUCACCCCAUGUCCAAGAACAAUGCGUACUCUACCAGCAUGUGCGGCUCAGAACUUACCAUUGAAUACAUUGGUAAGCCUGCCCAUGCCAUGGUAGCUCCGUGGGAAGGCAUCAACGCACUUGACGCCGUCACUCUCCUUCAUACAAGCAUUGGUCUCCUGCGCCAGCAAAUACUUCCAAGCGAUCGCAUUCGCGGAGUUGUGUUGGAAGCGGGACAGCGUUCUGGCGUCAUCCCGUCGUAUGCAAAAGCUCGAUACUGCGUGCGAUCCGCCUCCCUCGAGCGCUAUAAGAUUCUCAAGCAACGCUUUGUGAAUUGCCUCGAAGCUGCUGCUCUUGCCAGUGGCUGUGAGCUACGAACUACGUGGAUGCCUGCGUACUGGGACAUCCGCACCAACAAUGCUCUCGCAGGGCGCUACGUUACUCACAUGGAGCGUCUUGGGGUGCAAUUCCCUAGUCCUGCCGAGCAAAGGGCACAAGGCGACUGCUACAGCACAGAUAUGGGCAACGUUACCUAUGUUGUCCCCAGCAUUCACCCAACUUUUGCUGUCGACUCUCCGGGUGGUGCUAUUCAUACUGCGCACUUCGCCGCAGCUGCGGCAACAGAUGAUGCACACGAGAGAACACUCAAGCAAGGAAAGGCUAUGGCUGCCACAGGACUGGAGGUGCUUCUGGACGAUGUCUUUGCGGCGCAGGUAAAAAAGGAGUUUGAUGAUACGGACCGUUCAAUAGCCCAAGACCCAUCAGUGGCGUAA